AUGCGAAUAACUUUCCUUUUGUUGCUCUUGGCGUUGGCUGUUACAGCCAAACCUCGCGAUGAGAGGAUCGUGGGCGGAACGGUCACAACCAUCGACCGAUGGCCAAUGGGCGUAGCUAUGCUUAACUGCAUGUUUGAUGUUUCAUUUCGACAGGCCUGUGGAGGCUCUAUACUCAACAACAGAUCUGUGCUCUCUGCCGCACACUGUUUUAUGGGCGCGAGACCAAGCAGCUGGCGCAUGCGUAUCGGUUCCACUAGAGCCAGUUCUGGCGGAACGGUCUUUCACACUGACCGGAUCAUCAGCCACCCCAGCUUCAACGCACGCACCGCAGACAAUGACAUUGCCAUCCUGCGCACCACCCGGCAGAUAGGGUUCAACAACAACGCUCGCGCAGGACCUAUCGCCGGCGCUAACUACAACCUGCCCGACCGGUCUGUCGUUUGGGCUAUCGGAUGGGGAAGCACCUCUUAUGGAGGUUUUCCAUCGGAACAGCUGCGACAAGUACAAAUCUGGACUGUGAACCAAGCGACCUGCGCACAACGAUACGGUGCCAGAGGUCGUACCAUCACUGCUAACAUGCUGUGCUCCGGCCACCUCGACAUCGGUGGUCGCGACCAGUGCCAUGGUGACUCCGGCGGUCCUCUUCUCCACAACAACGUGGUCGUGGGCGUUUGCUCGUUCGGCCACGGGUGCGGUUUGCCGCGUUACCCGAGUGUGAACGCUCGGGUAUCCCGCUACGCUGCGUGGAUCACGUCCAAUUCAUAAUUUUAAAGAAUCCUGAAUUAAAACAACAGACACGAAGUUCAUAUUUUUUAAAAAUAGUUACGCAAUUAUAUUACAUC